AGCCCCCGGCUGUUUAUACUCCAGAGGGUGUCCCCGUGCAUCUUCGGUGGAGUGGACCAAAACUGGUGAUCCAUUUGCCCUAUGUGACCUUGCCCAGUACCCUGCUGACUGAGAGUACACAUCUGCUGGAAGUCCUCUGGGCUUCAAGGUGCAGGGAAUGAAGAGUAGUUUUAUAGAAAAAAGAGGACAAUAUUGGGAUCACCUUUGACCUGUCCAUUUGGAAAUAUUUUCUAUUGAGUUAUAGAAAGGUGGGAAGCUUUCAUUUAGAACAAUGAAUUUCAUAAAGGACAAUAUCCGAGCCCUUAUUCAAAGAAUGGGAAUGACUGUUGUAAAGCAAAUUACAGAUGACCUAUUUGCAUGGAAUGUUCUGAAUUACGAAGAAGUAUGCAACAUUUGCUGCAAGAAGGUGGAGCAGGAUGCUGUGAGAGAGAUCAUUCACAUGAUUUUGAAAAAGGGUUCAGAGGCCUGUAACCUCUUUCUUAAAUCCCUUGAGGAAUGGAACUAUCCUCUAUUUCAGGACUUGAAUGGACAAAGUCUUUUCUGUCAGAUAUCAGAAGGAGACUUGGACGAUGUGGCUCAGGAUUUAAAGGACUGGUACCAUACCCCAUCUUUUCUGAACUUCUAUCCCCUUGGUGAAGAUAUUGACAUUAUUUUUAGCCUGAAAAGCACCUUCACAGAACCUGUCCUGUGGAGGAAGGACCAACACCAUCACCGCGUGGAGCAGCUGACCCUGAACGGCCUCCUGCAGGCUCUUCAGAGCCCCUGCAUCAUUGAAGGGGAAUCUGGCAAAGGGAAGUCCACUCUGCUGCAGCGAAUUGCCAUGCUCUGGGGCUCCGGAAAGUGCGAGGCUCUGACCAAGUUCAAAUUCGUCUUCUUCAUCCGUCUCAGCAGGGCCCAGGGCGGACUUUUUGAAACCCUCUGUGAUCAGGUCUUGGAUAUACCAGGCACAAUCAGGAAGCAGACAUUCAUGGCCAUGCUGCUGAAGCUACGGCAGAGGGUUCUUUUUCUUCUUGAUGGCUACAAUGAAUUCAAGCCCCAGAACUGCCCAGAAAUCGAAGCCCUGAUAAAGGAAAACCACCGCUUCAAGAACAUGGUCAUCGUGACCACCACCACUGAGUGCCUGAGGCACAUACGGCAGUUUGGUGCCCUGAUUGCUGAGGUGGGGGAUAUGACAGAAGACAGUGCGCAGGCUCUCAUCCGAGAAGUGCUGAUCAAGGAGCUUGCUGAAGGCUUGUUGCUCCAAAUUCAGAAAUCCAGGUGCUUGAGGAAUCUCAUGAAGACCCCUCUCUUUGUGGUCAUCACUUGUGCAAUCCAGAUGGGUGAAAGUGAGUUCCACUCUCACACACAAACAACACUGUUCCAUACCUUCUAUGAUCUGUUGAUACAGAAAAACAAACACAAACAUAAAGGUGUGACUGCAAGUGACUUCAUUCGGAGCCUGGACCACUGUGGAGACCUAGCUCUGGAGGGUGUGUUCUCCCACAAGUUUGAUUUCAAACUGGAGGAUGUGUCCAGCGUGAAUGAGGAAGUCCUGCUGACAACUGGGCUCCUCUGUAAAUACACGGCUCAAAGGUUCAAGCCAAAGUAUAAAUUCUUUCACAAGUCAUUCCAGGAGUACACAGCAGGACGAAGACUCAGCAGUUUUUUGACGUCUCGUGAGCCAGAGGAGGUGACCAAGGGGAAUAGUUACUUGCAGAAAAUGGUUUCCAUUUCGGACAUUACAUCCACGUAUAGCAGCCUGCUCCGGUACACCUGUGGGUCAUCUGUGGAAGCCACCAGGGCUGUUAUGAAGCACCUCGCAGCAGUGUAUCAGCAUGGCUGCCUUCUCGGGCUUUCCAUCACCAAGAGGCCUCUCUGGAGACAGGAAUCUUUGCAAAGUGUGAAAAACACCACUGAGCAAGAAAUUCUGAAAGCCAUAAACAUCAAUUCCUUUGUAGAGUGUGGCAUCCAUUUAUAUCAUGAGAGUACAUCCAAAUCAGCCCUGAGCCAAGAAUUUGAAGCUUUCUUUCAAGGUAAAAGCUUAUAUAUCAACUCAGAGAACAUCCCCGAUUACUUAUUUGACUUCUUUGAACACUUGCCCAAUUGUGCAAGCGCUCUGGACUUCAUUAAACUGGACUUCUAUGGGGGAGCUAUGGCUUCAUGGGACAAGGCUGCAGAAGACACAGGCACAAUCCACAUGGAAGAGGCCCCAGAAACCUACAUUCCCAGCAGGGCUGUAUCUUUGUUCUUCAACUGGAAGCAGGAAUUCAGGACUCUGGAGGUCACACUCCGGGAUUUCAGCAAAUUGAAUAAGAAAGAUAUCAAGUAUCUGGGAAAAAUAUUCAGCUCUGCCACAAGCCUCAGGCUGCAAAUAAAGAGAUGUGCUGGUGUGGCUGGAAGCCUCAGUUUGGUCCUGAGUACCUGUAAGAACAUUUAUUCUCUCAUGCUGGAAGCCAGUCCCCUCACCAUAGAAGAUGAGCAGCAUAUCACGUCUGUAACAAACCUGAAAACCUUGAGUAUUCAUGACCUACAGAAUCAACGGCUGCCAGGUGGUCUGACUGACAGAUUGGGUAAUUUGAAGAACCUUACAAAGCUCAUAAUGGAUAACAUUAAGAUGAAUGAAGAAGAUGCUAUAAAACUAGCUGAAGGCCUGAAAAAUCUGAAGAAGAUGUGUUUAUUUCGUUUGACCCACUUGUCUGACAUUGGAGAGGGAAUGGAUUACAUAGUCAAGUCUCUGUCAAGUGAACCCUGUGACCUUGAAGAAAUUCAAUUAGUCUCCUGCUGCUUGUCUGCAAAUGCAGUGAAAAUCCUAGCUCAGAAUCUUCACAAUUUGGUCAAACUGAGCAUUCUUGAUUUAUCAGAAAAUUACCUGGAAAAAGAUGGAAAUGAAGCUCUACAUGAACUGAUUGACAGGCUGAACGUGCUAGAACAGCUCACUGCACUGAUGCUGCCCUGGGGCUGUGAUGUGCAAGGCAGCCUGACCAGCCUGUUGAAACAUUUGGAGGAGGUCCCACAACUCGUCAAGCUUGGGUUGAAAAACUGGAGACUCACAGAUACAGAGAUUAGAAUUUUAGGUGGAUUUUUUGGAAAGAACCCUCUGAAAAACUUCCAGCAGUUGAAUUUGGCAGGAAAUUGUGUGAGCAGUGAUGGAUGGCUUGCCUUCAUGGGUGUAUUUGAGAAUCUUAAGCAAUUAGUGUUUUUUGACUUCAGUACUAAAGAAUUUCUACCUGAUGCAGCAUUAGUCAGAAAACUUAGCCAUGUGUUAUCCAAGUUAACUUUUCUGCAAGAAGCUAGGCUUGUUGGGUGGCAAUUUGAUGAUGAUGAUCUCAGUGUUAUUAAAGGUGCUUUUAAACUAGUAACUGCUUAAAUAAAGUGCACUCGAAGCCAGUAA